AUGGAGACAGAAGUAUAUGCAGUGGACUUCAAUCCGAGUAAAAACAUACUAAUAUAUGGAGGGGGGGACGAGAGAUGCAUUGUUAUGGAUCUCGGGACCGGCGACAUUAUCAGUAUAGUAGAGAAUUUUAACGACUCGAUAAUAUUUUGUAAGUUUGUAGAUGAUGAGAGAUUCAUUGUUGGAUCGUUGAAUGGAACGAUAUCUCUAAUGACAUUAGAAGAUGAGAUUAAUAGUGUUGAGGUGGGAGAAGACAUCUCAAAAAUGAAAAUAGAUGGAGAUAAGCUUCUAGUGGGGACAGCCCAAGGAAAUGUGCAUCUAUUCAGCUUGGACCUGUGUAUUCAGAAUGUCUGCAUUGGCCAGCACAACGAAAUACAAGACAUAUGCUAUGAAAGAGGCAAGGCAUACACCCUCAGCGAGGCAAACUUCAUGGUAUUUGAUGCCAAGAGCCACCAGAAGCUUAUGGACUUGUACGUGAGGGAUGGAAGUGCCAUGGACAAGAUCCCUGGGAGCGAUGUAGUAUGCCUGGGGUUGAAGGGAUGUGCUCUAAUACGAAAGAACGCUCAUCUUCUGGGAAGGAUCGAGAUUGAAGGAAGUCCGGAAUGUAUCCUGUACAUGAACAACUACUUUAUUGUUGGUGGGGAUUUUGAUCAUAUCCUUCUCAUUAACAUGCCUAUGGGAAUGCGCACAUUCAAGAUACCGAUUGAGGGAAUGUCAGGGAUAUCGAGGAUAAGAGGAGAUGGAGAAAAUCGGAUUGUGUUUGGAACGUUUGGAGGAGUGGUUGGCUUUGGCGACAUAAGGGAUGAGAAAAGUUUUAAGCUUGUCGAAGGUGGAGUGGGAUGCAUCUUUGAUCUGUGCUUCAAGGACGGAAUGAUAUAUGUUGGAGGAGAAGAAGGAUUUAAUGUGGUUGAUGUAGGAAAGGAUUACAGUGGAGCAGCAAAGGAAUACUUUCCUUCGAGCUAA